UAUUUCUUUAGAAAAGUAAAAUAAAUCUCAAAUGACACUAAAAUUAAAACUGAUUAGUUUAGAGUUCCACUCACAGUAUACUGAUCCAGUAUUUAUUUAGUUAUUUUCAUUGUGUUUGAUUUCAACAUUCACCAUAUUUGGCAGUGUCUGUUAUCCAUUGCAUAUGAAUAUUUUGUCCCAGAGAUACACAAGAUUUCUAUUUUCAUUUGUUUGAUGAGAUCUACCAAAUUAUUGAAAUGAGUAUCUCUUCCCUUUGUUCAUUGGUGAAAUAGCCUGGCAGCAGUCAUUCAAUUAUAAAUGAAAUUUUAAAUCUGAUCAUCUUGUUGUCCAUGUCAGUUAGUGCUGUUGGCCUUUAUUUUUCCCUGCCUGCUGACAUCCUUUGUGAAUUUUUAAUUAGGUGUUGGAAAAAACAUUACCUGUAUGUGCUGAAAGAGCUUUGUUGUUCAGAGUUUGUAUUGCAUAAGUUUGCUAUGCUUUGGCAGAUCUAUUAGAUUAAACUGGGUUAAGCAUAUCCAGGUAUUUAAGACAUUGAGCGAAGGAAUAAAAACCUUUGUUUGCACAGCCUAUUGGUCUGAUCUAAACAAAGCCACACUAUCCUGAUAAUAUAUAGAAAUAACCCCAAUAACCAUGACAACGGAAUACCAAUUUUAUUAAAACUUGGCUCCACCAAAAAUUGACUGCAGGUCCUGGAAUCAUUAAUAAUGUAGAACUGGGUAUUUCUAAAGAGGCCAUGCAUGACCAAUAUCCAUUUAAAUCUACCUUUUGUUCCCUCUUUGCGUCACUGAAAACUAGCGACAUUAUCAUAUUAUAAAUACUUAUUGAUCACCUGGUAUUGAACUCUGCCAAUAUCUACGUGUUUAGACAGGUAGAUUGUCGCUUGGACUUCAUACAAGUUUAUACCUGCACCCAGGCAAAUGUUUUAUUUCAUAUUAGCUAGUUUACACUUUGAAAUGCUUUUGUGAGGAGUAUUCUUACUUUGAAUUUCUGUGAUAUAUGUUCUGUUAUUUUGUAUUCCACUCAAAAUACUGUUCUUCUUGUGACUUAAAUAUUAUUUAAUUAUCCGUCCAACAUGAUUAAGUUCGAAAGAACUGGAUUUACUACAUACAGGCUGAACCCAAUCAUUCCCCAGUCCACAGCAUCCUCCAUGAGCCCUGACUCACAGACUGGGAUUAUAGGCAGCAGUACCGCAUCAUCUCCAUACAAUGAUACCAUCACAUCGCCUCCCCCCUACUCCCCACACACCAGUAUGACAUCACCCAUUCCCACCGUACCAUCCAACACUGACUAUGCAGGAGAUUAUGGAUUCCAAAUAUCAUUUUCACAGCCAUCAAAAGAAACAAAAUCAACUACAUGGACAUACUCGGAAUCAUUGAAGAAGCUCUAUGUCAGAAUGGCUACAACUUGCCCUGUGAGGUUUAAGAGUCAACGCCAACCACCCGCAGGCUGCAUAAUUAGAGCAAUGCCCAUUUUUAUGAAACCUGAACAUGUGCAAGAGCCAGUUAAAAGAUGCCCAAACCAUGCCACAUCAAAAGAAAAUAAUGAGAAUCACCCAGCUCCGACUCAUUUGGUGAGGUGCGAACAUAAACUAGCCAAGUACACAGAAGAUUCCUACACAUCUCGACAGAGUGUCAUCAUCCCCCAUGAACAGCCUCAGGCUGGGUCUGAAUGGGUCACCAACCUCUUUCAGUUCAUGUGUCUGGGAUCCUGUGUUGGUGGACCAAACAGACGACCAAUUCAGAUUGUCUUUACUUUAGAACGAGAUAAUCAGGUGCUCGGAAGACGAGCUGUGGAAGUGAGGAUAUGUGCAUGUCCCGGAAGGGACAGGAAAGCAGACGAAAAGGCAGCCCUGCCACCCUCAAAGCAGUCCCCAAAAAAGAUUGGUAGCAAAGUUUCUUAUGGAACUGAGAUUACUACAAUUGUCCCUGGAAAGAAGCGCAAGUUAGAUGACGAUGAAGACUCUUACACACUCACAGUACGUGGAAAGGAAAACUUUGAAAUUCUAUGUAAACUGCGAGACUCCCUUGAGCUUUCCUCAAUGGUUCCACAGAAUCAGGUGGAUCGCUACAAGCAGCAGCAGGUGGAGGUUAAUAGACAGGCCACGAUGACAGUCCACAGUCAAGAUGCUGAUGUAGUGUUGCAGACAGAGACCAGACAGGCUACCCUCCCAUUCACCCCUGAGGUGGCCAAUCAUGUCCAAGUUUCUUCCUCACAGAAUGGUUCUGUUCAGGUGAUCCCAAUUGAGAAUGGGGAUGCUCAGGUGAAGGAGGAGUUGUUGAAUGGCAGCAACAGCAGCAUUGCAGGUUGGUUGACCAGCUUAGGGCUUUCAGCAUACAUUGAUAACUUUCACCAGCAGAAUUUGGUGACUAUGAGCCAGUUGGAGGACUACACAUUGGAGGAUCUGCAGAAGAUGAAAAUUGGAACUUCACAUCGCAAUAAAAUUUGGAAGGGUCUGACUGAUUACAAAAACAGCUUAAUAGAGGAGGUCUUACAGAGAGACUCCAACAGUGCCACCACCCUCAAUUCACAGAGCUCCAUUUCCCAGACCUCCACAUACUGUCCAGGUUACUAUGAAGUGACACGAUACACUUUUAAACACACAAUAUCUCUGACACGAGAGGCUAAAAGACCAAGGACUGAUGAAUGAUUGGAAAUUUUAAACAACGAUCUAUGCUGCAUAAAAAAUUAGGUUUGGUUGGUAUAUUGAUGCUUACUUAUGCAAAAGACAGCUGUUACAGAUUUCAAACAGGUUGUUGUUUAUUCUAUAUUCUUAUGUAGAGGUAUAGAAAUCUAUGUUCUGUUUUGUUUUUUUAGCUCACCUGAGUGGAAGGCUUUAUUGAGCUCUUCUGAUCAAAAUGUGUCCACUGUCUGUCUUUGUUAUUGUUGUCAUCAAUGAAACUUUUUGCAUUUUCAUUUUCUUAUCAAGAACCAGUAGGUUGAUAUCAAUUAAACUUGACACAAAGCAUCUAUGGUCGAAGGGGAUUCAAGUUUGUUAAAAUGAAGGGCCAAACCCACUUCAAAGGAGUGAUAAUUUAGAAUUAUUAAAAAUCUGUUGGUAUUUUUCAAAAAUCCUCUCUAAAACAAUAUGGCAAAAAAUGUUGAAACUUAUGUGGAAGCAUCCUCAGGUAGUGUGGAUUAAAUUUUGUUCAAAUAUGAGCCUGGGUGUAGGGUGGGGCACAAUGGGGGAUCAAGUUUUAUAUAAAAAUAGAAAAACUUUAAAAAUCUUCUUUCAAAAAACCAUUUGGCCAGAAAAGCCUUAAUUUGGGUGGAAACAUCCUCAUGUAGUGUAGAUUUGUUCAAAUCAUGAUCCCCAGGAUAUUGUGGGAACAUUUUUUGGGGGGGGGGGGGGCUCAAAUUUUUACAUAGGAAAAUAUCGAAAAGUCUUUCUGGUUGUGCAGAUUAAAGCUUGAUCAAACUAUGAUUUCCUGGGGGAAAGUGCACAAAGGGUUUUUUUUUUUAUAGGAAUAGAGAAAAAAAAUUGUUCAUGUAGGAAUAAAUAGAGAAAAAUCUUCUCACAAAUACUAAAACAACAAAAGGAGCUUAGUAGUUAUCAAAAAUACAUAGAUAAAGAUAAAGAUUUUUUUUUUUUUUACUUUUUGUGUAAGAUCUACAGUACCCAAUUGUCGGGAUAUUACAAUUUUGAUACUGUAUACCCUGACUUGAUCAGUUAUGGCUAUUGUUGCUCAGGUGAGUGAUGUGGCCCCUGGGCCUCUUGUUGUUUUUGGGGGGGGGUUUUAUGCUUUGUUUU